GGCCAAUUUCAUUUUAUUAUUCUUCUUCUUCCCUCCCUCUACCUUUUCCCUCUCUUUUUCAUCUUAUUUCCACUCGCUCUUGUACACUAUACGACUAUGUCUCCUCAUUACUCUGUCGCAAUCGAAGGCGGUCCGGAGGUAUUCACCAUCGACACUCGAUAUCGCAUUGUUCGCAAGGUCGGCUCGGGCUCCUAUGGCACCGUAUGCUCUGCAUAUGAUCUUCAUGGCGACCGUUUCUGUGCAAUUAAAAAGGUCCAUCGUGUCUUUGACAAACGGGUCCUGACCAAACGAUGCUUACGCGAAAUCAAGCUCUUGCAACAUCUCAACCACCAUCCUCGCAUCAUUGAGCUCUUUGAUAUGGACGUUGUUGACGUCGACGCGUUUAAUGAAAUCUACUUGGUGUUUGAUUGCAUGGAUGCGAGCUUGCAUGACGUGAUCCAUUCGGAUAAGCCUCUCGGUAUCGUGCAUGGUCAAUGGAUCCUCUAUCAAAUGCUGUCAGGGUUAAGGUACAUUCAUGCAGCUCAUGUCAUCCAUCGCGACCUCAAGCCUGCGAAUAUCCUCGUAAACAUAAGCUGCGACAUCAAGAUUUGCGACUUUGGUAUGGCGCGAGGAUACAGCUAUGCAGACCAAGCAGCAUCUGCAAUGACUGAGUAUGUGACAACACGGUGGUAUCGUGCCCCAGAAAUCAUGAUCAGCCCCAACAAUUACAGCGAACUAAUCGAUGUUUGGUCUGUAGGCUGUAUAUUUGCUGAAAUCCUUGGACGUCGCGUGCUGUUCAAGGGUCGUGACUACAUUGACCAGCUGCACAAGAUCCUCGGUAUCCUUGGUCUUCCAGAAAAUAUUUCCUUCUGGGAUCCAUCCGAAUCCAUUGCCUCGCAUCUCCAACAACUAUGCACCGUCGGCGGCCAACCCCCACCACGCCAUGCCAUGGAUUUCCGUGCAUUGUUUCCCGAAUGUCCAGAACAAGGUAUCGAUAUCCUGAAACAGCUGUUACAACUCGAUCCACAGGCCCGUAUCCAUGUCGUGGAUGCCAUGGCACAUCCGUUUCUGUUACCGUUCAGUGACCCUGUCGAAGAAGCACUGCAGCCAGAAGACGCGUGCGAUUUUGCGUUUGAACAGGAGGGUAAUGACGAGUCUUAUUUACGUUCACAGAUUGUCAAUGAGAUCAUGACUUUCCGACGUAACGUGCGGUUGCAAGAAGCAGGAGGUGCAGGGGCUCAGGCGAUUCGACGCCAUCAUACUUUGGAAGUAACAGCACAACAG